AUGGCCUUGACCGGCGAGUUCCAGACCAACUUUGGCCAGAGUACAAAUCCAUGGGACUUCCAGCUGUCCAACAACCUCUCAUUCAUACCGGACGCUGCUCACGAAUCCGUUCUCGAAGAUUUCUCGGCGCUACCAGGCUCAACCUUAUCAACACUCGCCUCCGAAGGGCGUAUGCCCGAGUUUGUCCAGCCACAGGACUUGCAUGCACAGGAUGCCGACGCCUCAAGCCCGUCGUCCAUCAGCCAGACAUCGCUCCCAAGGAGAACGGGCUCGAUAGAUUCAACAUCGAGUUCAUCUGCAUCGCUCAGUCGCGAACAAUUCCUGCGGCGCUUGUCUCUGGCGACAACAGAUCUCCAUGACGAUUCAUACAGACCCAGGAACACCCCAGCCAAGCGGAAGAAAACCACCACGGGGCGCAUCACACCGCGGUCUGACAAACAUGCCAGAGAGCUGGAACUGAACCGCAAAGCGGCAACAAAAUGUCGAAACCGCCAAAAGGCCUUUAUCGAACAGCUCCAGCAUCGGUGCAAGAGGGAGGAGGAGAAGAUGCACAUCCAGAGCUCGCUUGUCUCUGCUCUCCAUGACGAGGUUGUUGCCCUCAGAAACGAGCUUCUGCGUCAGAGCUUCUGCGACUGCCGGUUCUUGUCGAGCAAUUCAAUGUCAAUGCGGCAAUAG